GUAAGAUGUAAGCUUUGUAUUAGACUAUAUGUUUUAGUUGAUGGGAACCAACAAGCCCAAGUAUAAAAUAUUAGUCGCAGAAGAUGAUCCCUUUCAAAGACUUUCGAUCAUAGAUAUUCUUAGAAUAUCAAAUUAUGAUGUAACUUCAGCUGAGAACGGGGCUAUUGCUCUGGAUAAGCUGAGAGAUCCAAACAAUCAGUUUGAUCUAGUCCUGCUAGAUCUUCUCAUGCCUGAAAAGUCAGGCAAGGAUGUAUUAGAAGCUCUAAAUAAAGAUGAUAAACUUAGUAAAAUCCCUGUUAUAGUCAUGAGUGCUAAGAAUGAUAAAAGUAUCACUGCCGAGUGCCUCGCACUCGGAGCAGUAUCCUUUAUUGUCAAGCCCCUGAGAGUCCAGGAAUGAAGAAGCUUCGAAAACUUUAUUGGCUCAAAUGGAGAGACAGAAGCUGGACAAAACCUUGGUAAAUAUGCAGUAAUCAAAGCACUUGGAAGCGGAGCUGCAGGGUCAGUAGAUCUUGUCCAACACAAAGAAACAGGUGAAUAUUAUGCACUCAAAACAAUUCCUUUGUCUCAUCUGAACGAAAGGGAGAGAAGUUCAGCAGAGCUCGAAGUUCAUUUUCUGAGAGUUCUUGUAGGGCCUACACUAAUAAAAUCAUAUCACUCCUAUGUAGAAAAGAACAAUAUUUAUAUCAUAAUGGAAUUAGCCGAAGGAGGAAAUCUCUCUGACAAGAUUAUGGCUGCGAAAUUUAAAAAGAAAUAUUUCGAUAAAGAUACAAUCCUCAACUGGGCUGCACAAAUAAUUCUUGGAGUAAUGGUAAUGCAUUCCAAAAACAUACUUCACAGAGAUCUGAAAUGCCAAAACUUGUUCCUCACCAGAGAAGGAAUCCUUAAAAUUGGAGACUUUGGAAUCUCAAAACAGUUGGAUACUAUGUCAAACCUUGCUGAGACCAAUGUUGGAACUCCUUAUUUCAUGGCUCCUGAGGUUUGUAAGGGUGAGCUUUAUGGAGAGAAGGCAGACAUUUGGGCAAUUGGGUGAAUCCUAUAUGAACUCACUUUCUUAAGAAAACCAUUUGAUGCAGAUACUAUCCAAGGAGUGUUUGAUAAAAUCAUUAAAACCCCAGUGAAAUGAUCCGAUCUUGAUAUAGACACUGAUCUUCAGAUGCUAAUUAUCUCUACUCUGGAUAAAGACCCAUCUAAAAGACCAGAUAUUUGGGAUUUGGCUAGUUUACCUUGCAUAAAUGAUAGAAUCAACAAGUUCAUCAAGGAGCAAAAGUGUGAGGAAUCAGUAAACGGUGUCUUUGGAGGAAGAAACUUCGUUGAAGAGAGAGAUACUGAGGAUCCUGAUAAUCCUUUCUACUCAGUCUUCGAUAUCAACAAGCUUGACAUGCUUGCUCAUUUAAUCAGAACCGAUAUAAAUAUAGAGGAGAUUAAUGGAGGGUGGUUCAAAAGGACUGAGAAAUGCGCUACUGGAAACUCUAUCUUAAACUGGCUCAAGGAGCAUAUUGAAAAAGAUGAUAAGAAAGUAGAAGAGAUCGGCCAGAAAAUGAUGGACCAAAAUAUAAUUCAGAGAAUUGACAAUGCAAAAUAUUUUCAAGGAUCUCAUACAGUUUACUAUAAAUUUUAUGAAGAUAGAGAUGACAUCCCCAGUAAUUCAUUAAGGUCCUGGAAAGGGGAAGUAAGAUCUGCUCUUGACGUCUCAGUGGAUCUAGUAGUUGAGAUUGGAGAGAUCUUCCAAGACUCCAUUGUUGAAGUUGAUGACAAUUGAGUUAUCGACUCUGAGGAAGCAAUAAAAUCUCAGAAAUAUGAUGAUUUUAUCUCUAAUAUCGCACAACUUGAAGUAAUUGAUUUAAAGUUCAAUACUUUCAAUGAGGGAUUAUGCUUCUUCGUCAACGUCUAUCAAGUUAUGUACCUCCAUUUCUUUUUGAAAUAUGGAAGCGAAUAUGAAGAGGAAGAAGAGGAGAAGAGCUCCUUUUCAAACAUCUUAACCUAUUUCUGGCCAAAUUCUACUGACAAUUUUUUCUAUAAUAUUGGAGGAUAUAUGUUUACUCUUGAUCAGUUGAAGCAUGGAUUAUUGAGAGGAAACAAGAAACCUCCAUAUUCUUUCUUUAGAACUCUCUCAGACAGAGAUGACAGAGCCAACAUUCUCGAUAAGCUUAGUGAUCCUAGAAUCCUCUUUGUCUGCUUUGACAAAGGACAGGUUCCUGAAUCUGUCGAGUGAUUUGACGAUCCAGAUACUCUUGAAGAAAAACUUAAUGAAAUUUUGACAACUUAUCUCAAUGAUAAGGUCGAAAUUGAUCCUACCAACGAAGAGGUAACACUUCCAACAAUUUUUGAAGAAUACAGCGCCGAUAUGGGAGGCUCUGAAGAAAAAGUUCUGAGGUUCAUCUGGAACUGGUAUGAAAAUAACGAGUUUGACCUUGACGACCUUAUUAAACUAGUCAAAAAGAAGAGCAUCAUCAUCAAAUACGAAGGCUAAAUUGCCCCUAAUUCUCCCAAAUAAUCACUUUCCC